AUGGCAUCAGAUCAAGCAGACGCAGAGAUGUUUGCGCUGCUUGAAGAAGCUAAGAAGUUAGGGUUUUCAAACCCGCAAUACUUCCCCAAGAUCUUUGAGUACAUUGUGUCGAUGAUAAAUGAACAUCAGAAAGUACAAGUGACCAAAUGGUGUCUUGAGUUUCUAUACCAGGCCUUUUCCAACCCUGAAAUCAUUGAUCCAGACACAAGAACACAGCUUGCCAUGGAUGCUCUUGAUAAUGUUCUUGUAGCCACCAGGGUACGUGAUAUGGAAGUGUUCCUUUUGGUGAUAGAUGUGCUGGUAAUCCUAUACAAGUUGACAUUCAAGUUUAUAACUUUCAAUGAUGGUGCAGGGAUUGGCAUCAUGUGGCAAAAACUUCUGGUGCUAAAGCAGAAUUUAUUGGAUAAGAUAGAUACUCCUUGGCCCCUUGAGAUGUCUGAGAAUGAUGAGCAUGACUUGUGGAGGAAUUUGACAUGUAAGUGUGAGCUUAUAAAGUUCAUGGCAGUGGUUAUUGAUUACCAGUCGGCUUCAAAUCAAAACGGUAGCAGCAAUAAUUACUUCUCCCUUUCCAAAGUUAACAAAAUGCAUUCAUUAAUUCAGCAUUCAGUUGCAGAAGACGAAGCCAGUCGGCUUGUUGACCUUCUAUUGGCUAAUAUUAGUCGUGACAUAUUGAUUCCUCAAUUGUUCACUGCAACUCUCAACCAUUUGAUGGUAAUAAUGAAACGGAAACCUCAAUUUGCAGUAAAGAUCCUGACGGUCCUUAGCAAAUAUGACUCAACACUUAAAUUACAAUCCAACUAUCAAACUGUGGAAGAGUUUAAAUUGGCUAGAAAGUACUGUGAUAGAGUAGCAAAAGUAUUUAUAUCUCAUGCUUUACGACAAAACAUGAUCCCGCCAUCAUUUAAGGAUAUACUUAAUCAAAAGAUAAAUAUGUUGACAGAAAGAGGGAACGAAAUCCGCAAGAAGAAUAUCUUUGCUAUAGAUGAUCCAACUAUUCAGAAACGUAAAUGGGAAGGAUUUGAUGUUCCUGAUAAGCAAUUAAAGGUUAAUGAUUAUCGAUUACUUUAUUGCUUGACUAAUCCUUCGAAUGAGUUGACUCAAUUUGAUUUGAGUUCGUUACCACAAAAUAUCUUAGAUAACAUGGCAUUAACAGCCUUAAGCAGGGUAAGUACUAGAGAUCUUGCCAGGGCUUUGGACAUCAUUUUGGAAAGGUAUAAGUACAAUGUUGAUUUAGAUGUUCAUAAGGGAGGCCCUAAUAAGAGAGGUAAAAAGGUUAAAUGGUCCGAUGAUCUUGAUGCUGAAGAUAAGAAUGGGGCAAACGAUCAUUAUGAUGAUAAGCUUUAUGAUAGUGAAGAUGAUGAUGGAUAUGAGGAAGGUGAAAUAGGAGAGCAUGACACAAGAAAGCGAAAAAUUCUGAAUUCAUUACCUCCUAUCAAAGAACAAUCCUUCAAACAGAAAAAGGAACACGUUUCUAUGAUUAUUGAAAACUUUUUUGCAUUGGCUAAUUCAGCUACAACAUCAUCAAUAUCAACAGUAAAUAAUACGGAAGAAGAAGAUGCUACUCUUUCGGGUGAAACUGGGGUUAAUAAAGAACUUACGAAGACAGCCAUUAAGUCAUGGAAACCCGAUAGCUGGCUCUUACUAUUAAGUAGAUUAGCAACCCGUGGGAUGUCAACAGCAGAGGAUAGUGAGAGUGAAGACUUUAUUCAAAACCAAGAGUUGAGUGAUAUGAUUCGUAAUGCUAUAUUUGAAUACUUUCUCCAAGAUAUUCAUGGACGUAUUGAUCUGAUAAUCAGUUGGCUUAACGAAGAGUGGUAUAGCGAGCAAGUUCUCCAUCAGAAAGAAGAACAAACAUCACCAUCAUCAUCACCAAUUUACGAUAAAUGGAGUGCUAAAGUAUUGGAUAGUAUUAUUCCGUUUUUGGAACCAAAAGAUAAGAAGUUGUUCAUUAGAUUGGUUUCCGAUUUACCAUAUUUGGACUCUUCUUUGAUAUCUAGGAUCAAGUCACUUUGUGUUGAUCCACUUCGGAGUGGCAUUGGGUUCCUUGCCCUUCAAUUUCUUAUAAUGUAUCGUCCCCCAGUUAAAGAAGUUUGUAUUGAUUUACUAAGGGAGCUUAGUACUAGUGAACAAGAAGAUCUUAAGAAGGAGGCCAGCAAACUUCUUACAAAGUAUCAACCACAGAGUGUGUAG